AUGCAGGAGGAACGGCAGCGCGCUCCUCCCCCAGCAUAUGUGCAGCACGCGCCCGAGAGCGUCCAGCUGCCGAGCGUGCCCACGCAUGCGCCGACCCGCCAGGCGUGCGGCAGGCUGCCGGGCAUCCAGGCGCUCGACCUGCCCGCGCCGUUUGUCGACGUCGGCAGCCCCAUGGACACGGCGAGCGUGCGGAGCGAGACGAGCGUGACCAUGGACGACCCCGACGUGCGUCUGGCGGCCGAGGCGCUGAGCGGACUGGGCAAUCCAGACUUUGUGCGCUCCCCGACGACGCGGUCGCCCACCGCUGAGCCGCCGCAGCCGAUGCUCUCGCUGCUGACGUCGAACCACCCCUGGCUCGGCGGCACCAUCAGCGGGUCGCUCGCGGCGUACAACCUCACCAAAGACUACUCGCCGCGCUUCGUCAAGUACGGCGCCGAGCUGGUCGAGCGCAACGUCGGCUCGCCCGUCGUCAACACCGUGUCCUCGGUCGGCCGCCGCACCGGCAUGGAGGAGAACCUGCGGCGCUACCUGGGCGAGCAGCGCCGCGGCCCGUCGGACGUUGAGCAGGGCGAGCUGCACCGCCGCCCGUCGGACGUCGAGCACGCUCCGCGCAAGCGGCAGCGCGCGGCCAGCCCCGGGCCCGAGGCCAUGCAGGUCGACUCGCGCACGUCGUCCCGCACGCGCGCCGGCUCGCAGUCGUCGUGCGCCGAGUCGCUCCCCGCCUACGACGACCAGCGGUCGCCCAGCUACGAGGAAGAGGCCGUCGUGGGCGACUCGUCGGCCCCCGCGACGGCCAAGGACGCUGGGCGGCGGCAGCAGCCCUCGGCGGUGCAGGACCGCCGCGUCGCAUGGUCCACACAGCUCAUCAUGACCACGUCCGGCCUCGGCGUGGCCCUCUCCGCCGCCUCGCUGCGCUCGCUGAAGCAGUGUCUGCACCUCCUGCGCGGCGCCACAACGCACAUUGACGGCGUCAUGCACGCGCUGAAGCUGCUGCUCGCCGAGUACGAAGCGGCCCUGCGCCACCAGCGCUCCUCCGACGGCGGCGACGGCGGCGGCGGCGGCGACGGCGAGCCCGAAGGCGAGCGCGCGGACCACGACGUCCGCGCGCUCGCGGCCAGGAUCAAGACGCUGAGCAGCGACAUCUGGCAGACGCUGCAGGGCGUCGUGCAGUCCGUCUCGCGCUACACCGGCGGCGCCCUCCCGCAAAACGCCUCCCAGGUCGUGCGCACGCAGCUGCUCUCGGUGCCGCAGCGCUGGCAGCUCGCCGCCCGCCGCACCGCCAGCGCGCCGCCCGACGAGGAGUCGGGCGGGGCCGAGGCCGUGCGCGGCGCCAACCGCAUGCUCGCCUUUGCCAUUGAGGGGCUGGACAUGAUGGGCCAGAUCACCACCGUCGUCGAUGGCACCGUGCGCAGCGCCGAGUCCUGGCUCGCCUCCAUUGGGCGUCCGCCG